AUGACUAACGAUCGGAAGACGGGCACCAGUCUACUUCAGGAGAUUGUGUAUCUUGUGAGUCAGGGAGCAGACCCAGAUGAGAUUGGCCUUAUGAACAUCGAUGAACAGCUUCCUGUCUUGGAGUACCCCCAACCUGGCCUGGACAUUAUACAGGAGCUGACCUCUCCUCGUCUGAUUAAAAGCCAUCUUCCCUAUAGGUUCCUCCCCACAGCCAUGCACAACGGAGAGGCCAAGGUGAUCUACAUGGCUCGUAACCCUAAGGACCUGGUGGUGUCCUACUACCAGUUCCACCGCAGCCUCAGGACCAUGAGCUACCGGGGAACCUUCCAGGAGUUCUGCCGCCGCUUCAUGCAUGACAAGCUGGGAUACGGUUCCUGGUUUGAUCACGUUCAGGAAUUUUGGGAGCAUCGCAUGGACUCCAAUGUCCUCUUCUUAAAGUAUGAAGACAUGUACAAGGAUCUGGGCACGCUGGUGCAACAGUUAGCUCAGUUCCUGGGUGUUUCCUGUGACAAGGCUCAGCUGGAGGGCAUGGUGGAGAGCUGCAACCAGCUCAUCGAGCAGUGCAGCAACUCCGAGGCGUUGUCCAUCUGCAGGGGUCGUGCAGGUCUGUGGAAAGACGUAUUCACAGUGUCUAUGAAUGAGAAGUUUGACACGGUGUACAGACAGAAGAUGGGCAAGUCCGACCUGACCUUUGACUUCUGCAUGUGAGCAGCACCUGACCCUCCACUCCACUGAUCUACUCCAGUCCAAUCGACCAAACCCACGAUCCUAUAUCUCCGUAAAGUGAGAUAUUUAAGGGUACAGUGUGACAGCAGGAUUACAUUACAAGACUUUUCCCUUAAUGCAAUCUGUCUCAGUGAGUAAGUCUCGAAAAAUCACACCCUUGUGGACUGGUCAACAGAACUUAGUUGACAUUUCUCCAUCAAUAGUUAAACCAAACCUCCCUCAACCCCUACCUCCUGUGUAUAUGUGUACAUAUUAACCAGGGUUCGACCGAUAUAGGUUUUUGAAGGCAGAUGCCAAUACUUUCAACCUCAAGUAUUGGUCAACAUUUCUAUUCAAAUUCUCCAACAUAGUCCAUAAAAGGAAUUCAAGCUACAUGCAGAUAUUUGUGACUGAAUUACAUGGAAACGGCAAUAUGCCAGUACUGCCAUUCAAUGUUCUCAUGCAAUGGUAGUCUUGCUGUGAUAGUUAUCUAUUUUUCACUAGUUCAUAAAGAACUGGGUACGCAAAAAAAUAAAAUUGGAUUUGUUUCCCACUUACAUAUAAAGGCAAAAGUAUUUGCAACUUCGAAAGGCAGGAAAAAGUGUCUGGUUUCAUAGGGAGGUACGAAAGUUGUUCAAAUGGGGAUAAAGGCCUCAGUUAGUCUGUAAGAACACCAGCAUGUAAGCGGAAACCAAUUGGAUUCUUGUGCUGAUCAGAAGGACAUCAUCACGUAUUUUGCGUAAGUGCUAAGGCUCUGCUAAUUGUUGGGGAACUACGUUGUGAAAUUCUUAUUUUUUGUAAAUAGGAGGAAAUAUGCGCCAGCUGCAUGCAGGUCUAUGAAUUCAACUACACUUUAAAGCAAAUAAUUAUAAUUAAAUAGUAAAAGGAUGAAUUCAUGUAAACAAGUCUUAGAAUUUCUUUUAAAUGGCAAUUUUUUUCAAUGCUUUAAUAGCAGUAGAUCAACAUUCCAGAUUUCCAGAGUACUGGAACAAACAACUCGUGAGCCUUAACAACUUUAGGAAUUUAUGUAGCUUGCGUGCCAUCAGUGGAGGGCUUUAGGCUGCCCUAGUUCACCCUCUGGAAACAUCAAUAGAGGUCUGACUGCCUGUUAGAGAUCAAACAUCAGUCGGACUACUUAUUUGCAGUGUUGAUCAGCCACAAAUAUCUAUAGGUAGACUCAGGGAUUCUCUCCGAUGUUUCUGGUUGUCAUGUGGACAAACCCUCUGAAACAUUUAACUCAUCUUGAGACAGUAAACCCCUCCAAAGGCUAAUGAAACCAUUGUAUUAGAGCUCAGCUGCUUUAUAGGUCAGGCCACACAUAAACACCUAUUGGUGAGGAAACCAGAAGACAAUACUGCUUGUAAGUAUGGAACUAACCUUCCUAGGCGACACCCACAAUGGCUGAAUAUGAGCCAUCUACGGCCACCAGCAGGGGCGGACUGGCCAUCGGGACGUUCAGGACGAAUCCCGAUGGCCCGGUACUGAAGUGGGCCGGUCGGAGAAGUCACUAGCACCCCCCUCCCCCUCCCCCGUUGACAACCUAUUUUGACUUUAAUCAACUGCAGACAACAGACAACACUGUAAUCUGUUAAUCCCACAUAUCGGUCUGACCCUGACACUGAGUGCAUUAGCAGUUCUCUCGUUGCAAAAGUUGCUCUUGCUCCAAGUCAGGUAGAAGAAUGGAAGGUAACUGUAAGAAAUGAAGCCAAACUUAUAAAAGAAGAAGCCUAUCACGCCUAGCAAUCGGUUCAGCAGCCCAGUGUCACACAGCUGGGAGAUUUUUGUGUUAAAUGAUCCAUGUUUUUUUUCCCCUCAAAGUGCUGGAGGGUUUUUCAGCCUUCAUCGCAGAUUGUCAGUUAUUUCUGAACUUUACGUGUGUAUGGAUGAUUGCGAGUGUGUGUUUGAGAAAGAAAGAGGGAGGGAGGGAAAUGGAGAGGGUUCAGUCGUGUCAGUGCUCAGUUAAGCUCAGCUAUUUAUGCUGAUUUAGAUGUUAAAUUCAAGGAUUUGUCUGAUCUUUAAAACCAAGUUAUGUAGCAUUGGCGCCUCUCAGUGGUUGUUAAAAAAUACAAUGGUAGGAUAUACCACUGAAUUUAAUGGGCUGAAAGCAAGAAAGAAAUCACAAAUGGGAAUAUAAUUUUUUCUAAAACAAAAGAUUAUGAAUAAUAAGAUUGCCUAAUGGAGUUACAUACAAGUUAUACAAUUAAUGUCUUAAGUCGAACACUUCACUCUCCAAUACUUUGCUGGUAAUUUAAACUGGCAUUUUGGGUACAAACAUGAUUAUUUUCAAAUGCAAACUGUUGCACGUUUUUUCCUUAAGAUCAUGAACGGUGGUUCAAAUGAGCAGUUGCGGCCUGGUUGGAGAAGCAGCUGUGCCAAACACGGAAAAUAAUAUCUAGCCUAAUGUCUCCAAGGUAUAAAGACAUAUUUUACACCCUCGCCUUAAUAUUUAAGGUCAGUGUGGAUGGAUUCUAGGAGGGGCCUUGAAAUUAUUGUUUUUUAAAAAAAAUGUAAUUUGUUUGCAUAUCCAGAGAGUCUUAGAACUACAUAUACCCACAUACAUGAACGAAGAAGUAAAGGAAAGCCUGUGAAGGAACGGUAGAAAGCUGAACAUAAAACUCAAGGCAACAUAAGCAGGAUAACAUUCAAUAAACUAGAAGUGUACUUGGAGAGCGCAGACCUCCGGCAAGGUCGUUUUUGCACCAUGAUACAGAUCUAUUUAUGAAAAAGUAAUCUGAAUGUUUUCAUUACAUUACAUUACAUUGCAUUUAGCUGACGCUUUUAUCCAAAGCGAUUUACAAUAAGUGCGUUCGACCAACAAAAUACAAACUUGAAGAAAACAGAAUCAUAUAAGUAGGCCUACAUCAGGUGUCAUAGAGUUUUCCCUACAGACAACCAAACAAACAAACCAACAAUAAACAUAACCUCCUUGGCUGAGGUACCACUAUUUUAAUAUACCUUGGUUUACACUUAGCCACAUAUUCGCACCUCUGUAAGAUGACCUGUCACUUAGCACAAGAAGAACAUCAGCUAACUUUGGUGUAAUCAGUGCUUCAUCUGCCGUGAACAUGGGAAAGUAGGCUCUUUAAAUAGGGAGUUACACUUGGGAAAAAUUAUUAAUUAAAACAUCUCACACCACCUCCAAAGGAAGCCUGGCAGAUCGAUGUCAGUACAUCUUUUGGGCAUCAGAUAUGAUACACCCAACACUCAUAAAGUGAAUAACUAAUAUUGUUUAUUUGGGGCUGUGGAAAGUUUGGUAAUCGGAAAAUCCUAUUCCUGUGUGAACCAUGCUACAUACUGUAUCCCACUGAGGGGUUGAAUAGUUGCCUCUUUCUCUCUGUUUUCUCACAAAUGUCAGGUUUUGGUAGCAGGAAAGAAGAGCAGAGUAUUAGCCCAUAACCAGCAUUACACUAUGUUUUGUAUUCUGCAACUUGACAGCAUCAAUAUUAGACUCUUCAACCCGAGGCAUCACUUAAAGCCAGUCCAUCUCCCUGUGCUCCGGACACUUGUGAAUGUCUUUAUUGUGUUGGUGUAAACGACAACCUCAGCACACACUCGUCACGCCGCCUCAUUUACGGCUGCUCAUUCUUUCCCUUUCAUUGUUCUUCCUUCUUCUCUGUCACUGUUUACAGCCAUUGGCAAGGCUUCAGCUGCCCAUCUCCACUUUAAUGGUUUGUUUGGGAUUUUAUACAUGCCUUUCUCUGUUUCCUGGGCGUUGUAUUUUACAUUCUUUGCUUGCUGUUUUAUUAAUAAAGUUGUGUCUUCAGGCAAUA